UCUCUCUUCAUCUCUCUCCUCAUCUCUCUCUCUCUCUCCCUGUCUCUCUCUUGUCUCCGGGGAGCUUACGCCUAAAGUAAGCAAAGAAAAGACAAUAGAAACAACACCAUCACACGUCUGCAAACCGAGUUUCACUUGUGACUCAAUUUCUUUUUUGUUCUGCAAAUAGAAGAUUAUUUGUUCCCCUCUUCCGUAUGUUCCUGUGCUUCUAAUCCCGCGUUUUGCAGAACGAAUCGCUUGGAUUGGUGCCUUCCUAUUGAGACGCAGGAGGCAUAGAGACUGAGGACCGAGGCUAUACGAGGGCAUAAAUACAACUCCAGGGACCGGGAGACACACGACGAAACUGGACAAUUUUUCUGCUUUCUCUGGGAUUUUUAUAAAUUCCUAAAAAAGAUUGAUACUUUUAAUGUGAAAUAAUCCAACUUUAAACGUGGUAAGCAAAAUAAAUAAAUGGGAUACUCUGGCGGAACAGUGAGUUGUCGCGCAUGGACAGUGUGUCUAUGUGUGUGCGUCGCGGCUCUGGCUCUCACCGAAGGCAGGAGGCUGAGGCAGCCCCGGUGCCCGGUGGGAUGCACCUGCACGAAGGACAACGCACUGUGCGAGGACAUCACGUCCGUCCCGCACACCUUCCCCAACGAUGUGGUGUCGCUAUCUUUUGUCAAAUCCGGAUUCAGUGAGAUCACCGCUGGGAGCUUCGUCCACACCCCAGCCCUGCAGCUUCUCUUGUUUACCGCAAACUCUUUUGAUUUCAUCGACGAGGACGCUUUUCAGGGUCUACCACAUCUCGAGUACUUGUUUAUUGAAAACAACAAGAUUGAGGCCAUCUCCCCCAACGCUUUCCGAGGUCUGAAAACCCUGAUCCAUCUGAGUUUGGCCUACAACAACCUGGAGACGCUGCCCAAGGAUGUGUUUAAAGGAAUGGACGCCUUGUCUAAAGUGGAUCUCCGUGGCAACAACCUGGUGUGCGACUGUAAGCUGAAGUGGCUGGUGGAGUGGAUGUUGCACACCAACGCCACCAUGGACCAGAUCUCGUGCAGCGGACCCUCCAGCCACCAAGACCAGAAGAUCAACGACCUCGUGGCCGCCUCCUUCGACUGCAUCAAAGCAGAGUUUGCCGCCUACCAGGCGCUGAAGUUCGAGUCGAUCUCGGUGGAGGCGUUUUCCUUCGGCGGGGAGCAGUUUGUGGUGUUCGCUCAGCCUUUCGCCGGGACGUGCAGCUUCCUGGAGUGGGACCACGUGGAGAUGAACUUCAGGAUCUACGACACCAUCGAAGGUACCUCCAUCGUGGUGUGCAAGCCCAUGGUGAUCGACGGCGCUCUCUUUGUCGUCGUGGCGCAGCUUUUCGGCGGCUCUCACAUCUACAAGCGCGACACGUCAGCCAACCGCUUCAUCAAGAUCCAGGACAUCGACAUCCUGAAGAUCCGCAAGCCCAACGACGUGGAGGCCUUCAGGGUGGACGGCGAGUUCUUCUUCGUCAUCGCCGACAGCUCCAAGGCCGGUUCCACCACAGUCUACAAGUGGAACGGCAACGGCUUCUACUCGCACCAGUCGCUGCACCCGUGGUACCGCGACACGGACGUGGAGUACGUGGAGAUCUCCAACAAGGCCCACCUCAUCCUGUCCAGCAGCUCCCAGCGGCCCGUGGUGUACCAGUGGAACCGCGGCCACAAGCGCUUCGACCGCCGCACGGACAUCCCCGAGAUGGAGGACGUCUUCUCCGUCAAACACUUCCGCAUCAAAGGUGAGGUCUUUAUCUGCCUGACAAGAUUCAUUGGCGACUCCAAGGUGAUGCGUUGGGACGGCGCCAUGUUCAAAGAGGUCCAGACCUUCCCGUCCCGAGGCUCAAUGGUCUUCCAGCCCGUUGCCAUCGGCAACUGGCAGUACGCCAUCUUGGGCAGUGAUUACUCACUGACGCAGGUCUACCAGUGGGACUCCGUGAGGGGCCAGUUCGUCCACUCGCAGGAGCUGAACAUCCAGGCCCCUCGCGCCUUCGCCACCGUCGCCGUUGACAACCGCCACUUCCUGCUGUCAUCCAGCUUCAAGGGGAAGACCCAGAUUUACCAGCACCUCAUGAUCGACCUCAGCGACUGAUCGCUAUGAGUUGAUAUGUUUACCGCUGGGGUAAGUGUGGGUAUGAGAUGUUUUGUUCUUAGAUUGAAUGAAAUGUCGAAUGGAUCGUUUGAAUCUCCCUUUCACGGUGAGCGUUUCAGCAAUUCACUUUUUCUAAGCAAAUAUUGUGCAAUUUCUCUUUGGUCUGUAUAACUGCUUUCUGAUUUGGUGACAGUUUAUUUUUAAUAAAAAUUGCGAACCGACUAUCUUGCAGGUAAGGAGAGAUUUAAAGCACUUUUUGCAGCCCGUGUUAGCUCCCUAUAGAAACAUUGAAACCAUAUCAAUAUAGAGCUUUUUAGUAACCAUGGCAGGUAUGUAGCCGAGUUGUCUUAUAAUGCACAUACAUAUAGUGAUAUAGUCACAUUAAUCUCUAAAGGCAAACCGUAGUAUCUGCACAUUAUGGCAAAAUUCUCAUUCAAUGUAAUAAGAUGAUGAAGAAGAGGUUAAUACGUGAUCUUUGUUUUACUGAAUUGAAGUGGAUUUUCCAACAAAAUACUUCAGUGUCUCUUUUAAUCUCAUAAUCUACAUUCUUAAACAUUCAGACCUCUAAAUUAAGUGAUUAAAACCAAAUAGAAUGUAGCAAGAAAUACUUUUUUUCAAGGCAUCUGUAUCGAGACACCAGUUACUGCACAAUGCCGUUGUACAGUCUUUGUAUAUUUGGGGUCAUGGGUCAAAAUUAUUUGGGAUUUCAUUUUUGGUGAUCAAAAUGCUGAUUGAAUCGUUUAGUAAUUGUCUUUCUUCUCAUCUACCUACAACACAAAACUUCUGUGUCGCUGUUGAUGCGGAUACUGCAGUUUGCAUUUGUAGGGCAGUAUAGCUAUUAUAGGCAGACGUUGUAUUCGUAGGGCUAACACCUGGUGUAUCUCAUUAAGUCAAUUAUUACUCUGUAUAGGCUUGCCGAAGCAGUAUAUGUGCUCACAAUAACAUCAUGAGAUACACCUGUGUUCGCCCUACUAUUAAACCUCUGUGAUGUCUUAGUGAAAAUAUUUGAUCAUAAAUAUUUUUGAUUUUAUGUGAUUAUGAUUAUUUAGUUAUUAUUUGGACCGGGACAGGAUCAAAUAUCCUGUGUGACAUAUUUUCACGCAUACGUCCAACCUAGUCUCCAAAUGUUUAAUCACAGUUUAAGGAGAAAUACACAACAUUCAGCAUUUCGAUUUUGAAACAAAUGUCAAAUAAUCUUGCAGUAAAUUUGCAUUAAGUAGUGGCAAUUAUUUGUAUUUAUUAAUGUGUUUGCUCGUUGUCUAAGACCAGACAAGGAGCUUGAAUUUAACAUUAGUAUUUUCAUCCUGACUGGAGGCUGUACUGUAGAUGGCACCUUUGAUCCAGUACCUUAAUCAAUUAUUUAAAUCCUACACAAAUAUAUACUCAACAUGGAGCUUAUUCUGUCAAUAGGUUCUGGGCAAACAUCUUGACCUGUUUCUGAACAGACUUCCAACCUAAAGAAAUAUUGGCUAACUGUCAUGGAAAUGAUUUAGCAGUGGCGGACAAGUAUUCCUAUCCUAAUGUAGUGGACAUAGAAAUACCCUACCCUAAGAACCUUUGACACAAUUAAUACUUGCGUAUCAAAAGUAAAAAAUACUAAUAUUGUAACCCCCAUGUUUUGGUAUGAAGUCACAUUCUAUUUUUUUAUGCAAAGUAAGCCCUGUCGGUCAAGGAUCCUAUUUUGGUUCACCUAUAAUAUUAUGUAUAAGGGUUUUUAUUUUAACUCAAUACAGGCCAAUCCCGUUUUUAUUUUAACUGAAUACAGGCCAAUCCCUUGUACAAAUAUUUUCUUUGACAUGUAGUGGAUUAAAAAAGUAUUUCCCUAAAUCCUUAUGAAAUUGAAUUCCUUAAGCACCUUAUGAAUAUCUCUGGAUUGUACUUGGUGUAGGACUUUCCACCAGUGCACUUCAGCACAACUAGAAGAAUUCAUGCUACAGAAACCCUCAAUAACACUGAAAGCUCCAGAGGGAGGCCCGUGUGCUAGAAGCCGCCCUCUGUAGCCCUCUAUCUCUCUCUUUCACCCCCCUUUCUCCCCCGCAGACAAAGCAAUUGUUGUCUUUACACUCGUAAGCCUAUCUGUAAAAUAACCGCUGUUUGUUGUAUCUUUUCACACGUCAAACUCAUUCAACCUUGAGGAAACACACACACGCACACAUCAACACACUCCUUUUGUUAAUAACAUGGUCACCCAAGUCCAUCUGCCAAAUUAAUUGUUUACGUUUUUAUAAUGCUUGUAAAGUAAUUUAUAUGAUACUGCUUUUGUAUGACGAUAGAUGGGACUAUAUUUCAAGUGGUUUGACUUUCAUACGUGUCAUUUAGAUAGAGAACAACUUGAAUAACAUGCAACAAACUAGUGUGCUAGCUCACUCAUAGGCCUCUUUGUGUCAACAAGAUUUAGCAAAAAUGUACUAGAAAAUAUAAUAGCUUUUGGUAGCUCUUUGUUAAUAGUCCUACUUGAUGUGUCGUAUCAUGUUUAUAAAAUGUCUGAAAUAAACAAAUGUAAAUCUG